AUGGGAAUGGAAUUCAGUUCGAGGGAGGCAGUAAUCAAGGCAAUGAAAGAUUAUACCAUCCGUAGAGGUAUAGACUAUCGGGUAUAUGAGUCAGAACCGACGAUAUUCUAUGCUAAAUGUACACAAUAUGGCGCAGAAGCAAUUAGGCCAUUGGUAGAGGUUGACCCAUCUAUAAAGGUGAAAUCAGUCAUUGUGAAAGUACAGUCGAGGUUUAACUACACCAUCAGUUAUCGCAAGGCAUGGUUAGCAAAGAAGAAGGCGAUGGAGUCAAUUUUCGGAGGUUGGGAAGCAUCGUAUGAAGUUUUGCCCAUAUGGUUUGAGGCUAUGUGUCACAAGGAGCCGUCAGCAGUGUUCAUUAUUGGUGAUGGCAAUAACAUGUAUGAUUUCACUUAUGUUGGAAACGUGGCUCAUUCCCAUUUAUGUGCUGACCGAGCUCUAGCUUCAGAGGGGGAAGUUUCAAAAAAAGCUGCAGGAGAUGUACCUUUGAAAGAUUCUCUCAUUACAUUUUUUGUCUCACAAGAUGGUAAUAACAAUAUCGUGCCUAUUGCAUUUGCCAUAGUGGAGGGAGAGACUUCUGAUGCAUGGUCAGCUAUUGGUCGUAGUAAUAGGGCUUGGUCUCCUCCGAGAGCUUUUUAUAUGUUUUGUAUCCGGUAUAUUGAGUCAAACUUCUUGAGGAAGUUCAAGGAACCUUAUCUACAGAAGUUUAUCGUCAAUAUCGGAUAUUCGAGGAUUAUUUGGGAGUACCAGAUGCGCUAUCAACGAUUACGCAAACGGAGUGAGGCUUACACCAACUGGCUUGACUGGAUCACACGUGAGCAGUAUCCUUUGGCAUUUGAUGGUGGAUACCUAUGGGGUCAUAUGACCACCAAUCUUGUGGAAAUGAAUGAGUUGUUCACUAGAAAAAGAGCCGAGGUUGAGGCUCGAAUUAAUGCUGGACAUGUGUUCUUUGAGCUGUUGACUUACGCCGACAACGGUGCGACUGUGGUAAAUUCUAAGUUGACCGAAUUCCAUGUUGACAUGUAUUUGCUUGUUGUGCAAAUCAGCGGUUGGAUUAGCAAGUAUCGGCCUAAGAUGACCCGCUUCUUGAAUGAGAUGGACACUCGUAUGUUACAUGGUCCUAGGCACUGCAAGCAAUGUGGUGCCGAGAGCCACAACCAUAGUAGAUGUCGUCAAAGUGGUGGUCCAAGUGCAGGACCAGUCGGAGAGUAG